CUUUGAUCUCUUCUCUUCUCGCAGGGAAAUAAAUCAAAAUGAUCACUGGCAAAGAUAUGUACGACGUACUAGCGGCAAUGGUGCCGCUAUACGUAGCUAUGAUGCUUGCUUACGGUUCGGUACGGUGGUGGGGAAUAUUCACACCGGACCAAUGUUCCGGUAUAAACCGGUUCGUUGCGGUUUUCGCGGUUCCACUUCUGUCCUUUCAUUUCAUUUCCUCCAAUGAUCCUUAUGCCAUGGAUUACCAUUUCCUCGCCGCUGACUCUCUUCAGAAAGUUGUCAUCCUCGCCGCUCUCUUUCUUUGGCAGGCGUUUAGUCGCAGAGGAAGUCUAGAAUGGAUGAUUACUCUCUUUUCCCUAUCGACACUACCCAACACGUUGGUAAUGGGAAUCCCAUUGCUUCGGGCUAUGUACGGAGACUUUUCAGGCAACUUAAUGGUGCAAAUUGUUGUGCUUCAAAGUAUCAUAUGGUAUACACUAAUGCUCUUCUUGUUCGAGUUUCGUGGCGCUAAGCUUCUCAUCUCCGAGCAGUUCCCUGAAACUGCCGGUUCCAUCACUUCUUUCCGAGUUGAUUCUGAUGUUCUAUCUCUCAAUGGCCGUGAACCCCUCGAGACCGAUGCGGAGAUAGGUGACGACGGAAAGCUCCACGUGGUAGUCCGAAGAUCAAGCGCUGCCUCGUCAAUGAUCUCAUCGUUCAACAAAUCUCACGGCGGAGGACUCAACUCGUCCAUGAUCACGCCACGUGCCUCAAACCUCACCGGCGUCGAGAUUUACUCUGUUCAGUCAUCAAGAGAGCCGACACCGAGAGCUUCUAGCUUUAACCAAACAGAUUUCUACGCUAUGUUUAACGCAAGCAAAGCUCCGAGCCCUCGUCAUGGCUACACCAAUAGCUACGGUGGCCCAGGGUCAGGCCCCGGAGGAGAUGUUUACUCUCUUCAGUCGUCUAAAGGAGUGACGCCAAGAACGUCUAAUUUUGAUGAAGAAGCUUUGAAGACCAAGAAAGUAGGUAGAGGAGCCAAAAGUAUGAGUGGUGAAUUAUACAACAACAACAGUGUUCCGUCGUACCCACCACCGAACCCGAUGUUCAAGGGGUCCACGAGUGGAGCAAGUGGAGUAAAGAAAAAGGAAAGUGGUGGUGGAGGAGGCAGCGGAGGAGGAGGAGGAGAACAGAACAAGGAGAUGAACAUGUUUGUAUGGAGUUCGAGUGCUUCUCCGGUGUCGGAAGCCCACGCGAAAAACGCUAUUACGAGAGGUGCCUCUGCCUCCACCGAAUCAUCCACCGACCCUAAAGCUUAUCUUCCACCUCACGAAAACCUCGCUUCCAAAGGUUAAUCAUUCUGCACUCUUUAUUAUGAAUUAAUAUAUUUAUAAAGUUUGUUUAGACUUUAGUACAAUUGUGUUAAUCCCGU